AUGACAAACAAUUGUGUGAAUGUUUAUGAUACUCCUGCUGACAUAGAUUUCUCCCGUGUAUAUCUCCCUAUAACCACGUUCCUCCCAUGUCUCCCAAUGAAGUUUCACAAACAAAAGUAUUCUCUCACCCAAAAUCAGUCUGCUGACACGCAGCCCAAUCUAUUAACUUUCAGCUUCGCGCCAAGCCAAGACGCCCACAUAUUUCCUGCAGCCCUAAAAUGCCUGCAAAUCACGGCCCGGUAA